UGUGGAGAAAUAAAUACUGCUGAAAAGAAAGGCGUCACAGUGUCAGUAAUUUAUAUUAAAUAUUUCGUUAUAUAUUGCGGCGAUUAACUUGAGUCGUGUACAAUUAAUUCGCCUCCUAAUUGUAUAAGACCAUAACAAAUGGCCACUAUAGAUGGAAGACCGGCGCAAUAUGGUAUUUCACUUAAACAGCUGCGUGAGCUCAUGGAGCAUCGUGGUCGUGAGGGUGUUAUGAAGAUAGCUGAAAAUGGUGGCAUUCACGAAUUAUGUAAAAAGUUAUACACAUCUCCCAAUGAAGGCCUAAGUGGAUCGAAGGCUGACGAAGAGCAUAGACGUGAAACAUUCGGUUCCAAUGUUAUACCACCGAAGCCACCAAAGACCUUUUUGACUCUAGUCUGGGAGGCUCUUCAAGACGUGACCCUUAUUAUUUUAGAGGUAGCUGCAUUGGUAUCGCUUGGUCUAUCAUUUUAUAAACCCGCCGACGAGGAUGCGCCUGUGUUGCAGGAGGAGGAAGAACACCAUGGUUGGAUUGAAGGAUUGGCCAUUCUUAUUUCUGUUAUUGUCGUAGUUAUAGUGACAGCAUUUAAUGAUUACUCUAAAGAAAGACAGUUUCGAGGUCUGCAAAAUCGUAUAGAGGGUGAGCACAAGUUUUCAGUUAUUAGAGGAGGAGAGGUGUGCCAAAUAUCAGUUGGUGAUAUUCUUGUUGGCGAUAUUGCUCAAGUUAAAUAUGGAGACUUAUUGCCGGCUGAUGGGUGUCUUAUUCAAAGUAACGACUUAAAGGUGGACGAAUCUUCGCUGACUGGCGAGUCUGAUCAUGUCAAAAAGGGGCCAGAUGUCGAUCCCAUGGUUCUAUCCGGCACGCAUGUUAUGGAAGGAAGCGGCAAAAUGGUUGUUACAGCCGUAGGGGUAAACUCACAAGCUGGUAUAAUUUUUACGCUCCUUGGUGCGGCAGUUGACGAACAGGAAGCGGAAAUUAAAAAGAUGAAAAAAGAAGCGAAAAGGGCCAACAAGCAAAAGAAUCUGACAGGUGAAAACGAUGGUCGAUCGCAAAUAAAGGGGUCCCAAGCGCCAUCUCAACGCGAAACAGUCACAAGUGAGAUAACCAAAUCUGAAUCUGAAGGAAAUCAUUUGCCGCAAUCAUCGUCAUCAGGAGCGGCUGAGACAGGGCAUAAAAAAGAAAAAUCUGUGCUUCAAGCUAAACUAACAAAAUUAGCUAUACAGAUUGGAUAUGCUGGGUCGACUAUUGCCGUACUUACGGUUAUAAUUCUGAUCAUUCAGUUUUGUAUUAAAACGUUCGUUAUUGACGAGAAGCCAUGGAAAAACACGUAUGCCAAUAACUUGGUGAAGCAUUUGAUAAUUGGUGUUACAGUAUUAGUAGUGGCCGUACCUGAGGGACUUCCAUUGGCAGUAACCCUUUCCCUAGCAUACUCAGUCAAGAAAAUGAUGAAGGACAAUAACUUGGUUCGUCAUUUGGAUGCAUGUGAAACCAUGGGUAAUGCCACUGCCAUAUGCUCUGAUAAGACUGGCACUCUUACGACCAAUCGUAUGACUGUUGUACAAUCCUACAUAUGUGAAAAAUUGUGCAAGGUUUUGCCAACCCUAAGCGAUAUACCACAACAUGUUGGAAAUUUAAUUACAAUGGGAAUAUCUGUCAACUCGGCUUACACCUCAAAUAUAAUGGCUGGACACAACCCAGGAGACUUACCAAUUCAAGUUGGCAAUAAAACGGAGUGUGCUCUUUUGGGAUUUGUCCAAGGGUUAGGUGUGAAGUAUCAAUCUAUUCGAGAUGAAAUUACAGAGGAUAAAUUUACACGCGUAUAUACAUUUAAUUCAGUUCGCAAGAGCAUGGGUACUGUGAUACCCCGUCCUAACGGAGGAUAUCGACUGUAUACUAAAGGAGCUUCUGAAAUUAUUAUGAAAAAGUGUGCUUUUAUCUAUGGACAUGAGGGCACUUUGGAGAAGUUUACGAGAGAGAUGCAGGAGCGUUUAAUACGUGAAGUUAUUGAACCAAUGGCAUGUGACGGUUUGCGGACCAUAUCUGUAGCAUACCGCGAUUUUGUGCCUGGUAAAGCCGCAAUUAACGAAGUGCAUAUUGAUGGCGAACCUAACUGGGAUGAUGAGGAAAACAUUAUGACAAAUCUUACAUGCCUCUGUGUGGUUGGUAUAGAAGAUCCUGUUCGUCCCGAAGUACCAGACGCAAUUCGAAAGUGUCAACGCGCUGGUAUAACCGUUCGGAUGGUCACCGGAGACAAUAUUAAUACAGCACGUUCAAUUGCCAGCAAAUGCGGCAUUUUGCGUCCCAAUGAUGACUUUCUUAUUCUGGAAGGCAAAGAGUUUAAUAGGCGUAUUCGUGAUAGCAAUGGAGAUAUUCAACAACACCUUAUUGAUAAAGUAUGGCCCAAACUGCGGGUUUUAGCACGCUCAUCCCCAACUGACAAGUAUACUUUAGUAAAAGGUAUAAUUGACAGCACUGUAAGUGAAAACCGAGAAGUUGUUGCUGUAACUGGAGACGGUACAAAUGAUGGUCCAGCUUUAAAAAAAGCCGAUGUAGGAUUUGCUAUGGGUAUAGCCGGAACAGAUGUUGCCAAAGAAGCCUCCGAUAUAAUAUUAACUGACGAUAAUUUUAGCAGCAUUGUUAAAGCUGUAAUGUGGGGACGCAACGUAUAUGACUCUAUAGCUAAGUUUUUGCAGUUUCAGUUAACAGUAAAUGUAGUCGCUGUAAUUGUUGCAUUUAUUGGUGCGUGUGCUGUGCAAGAUUCACCGCUUAAAGCAGUGCAAAUGUUGUGGGUGAACUUAAUAAUGGAUACAUUGGCAUCACUUGCAUUAGCAACUGAGUUUCCUACACCAGAUCUAUUGCUCCGUAAACCCUAUGGCCGUACAAAACCAUUAAUCUCCCGCACAAUGAUGAAGAACAUAUUGGGUCAGGCGCUGUAUCAGUUAAUAAUAAUAUUCGGACUGUUAUUUGUUGGCGAUGUUAUACUCGAUAUUGAAUCUGGACGUGGACAAGAACUAAACGCGGGACCAACACAGCACUUUACUAUUAUCUUUAAUACCUUUGUCAUGAUGACUUUGUUUAAUGAAAUAAACGCUAGAAAAAUCCAUGGGCAGCGCAAUGUCAUUGAAGGCCUACUUACAAAUCCCAUAUUUUACACCAUAUGGAUAUUCACUAUGAUAUCACAGGUGCUAAUCAUCCAAUAUGGUAAAAUGGCUUUCUCGACAAAGGCUUUAACAUUAGAUCAGUGGCUAUGGUGUGUAUUUUUUGGAAUUGGUACACUUGUCUGGGGACAACUGAUAACCUCAGUACCUACAAGAAAAUUACCUAAGAUAUUAUCGUGGGGUCGCGGACAUCCAGAGGAGUACACAGAUGGUAUGAAUCUGGGUGAGGAACGCUUUGAUUCAAUUGAUUCUGAUAAAAAGCCUAGGGCUGGUCAAAUUCUAUGGAUUCGUGGUCUAACUCGCUUGCAAACACAAUUGCGUGUGAUUCGUGCUUUCCGCUCGACAUUGGAAGACCUAAGUGAGCGCCGAUCGAUGCACAGCUUACAUAGCUUACGCAGUCCCCGUACGGGUAUCCCAGUUGCAGUGAGCGGUGGUCACCCGUUGUACAAUUUUAAUCUACUGAACCCCAAUUACAUCAAGCACCAGCAACAACAGGAACCAAAACUACCCCCGCAUACCCAACACAACGUGUCAAGUGGCAUGCUGUCGCCGGACAUAUCUUAUAUUGACGAAGACCCGCAACAGCAACAGCGUACUUUACACAACGGACUAACUUCCCAGCGCUCAUCAAUGCCCUCAAACUCAAACGCCCCUUCCUCCAGUCAAAGCUUUUCUAAAAUCGCACAAACCUUACAACAAAAAAUACGUGAUAACAACGAAACUAAACAUUCCAAUGGACAGAAUGAGACUCGAAUUUAAAUGGUUUUAGUGGGUUUUUGCACCAAAUAUGGUUAAGCCUAUAACAAUUCCAAAUUAGACUGGUUAUGCUUCUUAAAGCGGAAUCCCAAAUGAAUGGCCCAGCUCAACAUGGCUAUUAAAAUAUUUGCUUUUAUCGAAACAGUAUGUUAAAACAAAGGUGAAUGCGCCAUAUUUUUUUGAUUAAACUUUUAACUCUAAAGAGGCAAACUUAAACUUAUUAAGCUCAUAAACUCAAAUGUGCAUGUAUAGUAGUAAGCGAUUUCGAAAAUGUAACAUUAUUUAUAUAAAUUAGUUUUUUUUCCAAAACCUUAUAAGAACACCCUAUAGAAAGUUAACCAAUAGUUCUCUAACUAUAAUGCCUAACUAUUCAAUAUAAAAAACGUGAGCAAGCAUGCAUUUUACAAAACUAACUUGUUUUGCAAAAAAAAUGUAUUACCUCAUUUGUAUUAUUACUAACACAAUUUCAGAUCUUAUGUGUAUUUUACUCUUCUCAAAAUUCCAAUGCCGUUUUUUUCUAUAUCUAAUAUAUAUAUUUACACAUUUGUACAUUUAUACUGAAAAUGUCUGUAAACGCGAUUUAUCGUACGAUGUAAUCAAAUUUAUAUAAUUAAAUAUUCAAAUAUGUUGGUCCAUCUACUAGGGAAAAUCUUGUUUUCACAAAUGAGAACAUACAAAUUAAUAAAAAUGCUGUAUUUCUAUUGAUAUUCUAA